CAAAUUCCGAUACUCUCUCUCUCUCUCUCUCUCUCUCUCUCUCUCAUGAAAAAUCCUUGCGGAACGAAGCCAUAGAAAUAAAAUUAGCUAAACAACUAGAAAUGGCUUUCCAACCGCUCGAUCGAAUCACAGUCGCGGAAAUCUCAGCCGUCGGAAUUCCUAUCGAAGAUGCAGAGAAGCUUCACCAGGACCUCACUCAGAUCCUGCGAAAUUACGGGACUAACACUGGGGAGACAUGGAAGAACAUCUCAAAGCACCUUCUAAAACCCAAUCACCCUUUCUCUUUACAUCAGAUGAUGUACUACGGCUGCUACCAUAGCAACACCACUUCCAACGGCUCAGAUUCUCCUCCUCCUCCCGCUUGGAUUCCCGAUCCGGAGAGUGCAAUGUCAACAAAUGUAGGACAGGUAUUAGAGAGGCUUGGGAAGGAGUUUCUUGGCGUGAGAUACAAGGACCCAAUCUCGAGCUUCUCUGACUUGCAAGAAUUUUCAGUCUCUAACCCUGAGGUUUAUUGGAAAAUGGUAUUGGAAGAAUUGAAUAUAUCAUUUUCUGUACCCCCAUCAUGUAUUUUGCGUCAACAUACAUCUGAGGAAGGCCGGAUGUUGUAUCCAGGAGGUCAAUGGUUACCAGGAGCUGUUCUAAAUUCUGCUGGAAAUUGCUUGAGAUUGAAUAAUGAGAGGUGCUUGAAUGACAUCAUGGUUAUGUGGCGUAAUGAAGGGGAUGACAAUUCCCUUGUGAAUCGUAUGACACUUAAGGAAUUGCGGAAAGAAGUCUGUCUAGUUGCAAAUGCGCUCGAUACUUUGGGCCUCGCCAAAGGAUCUGCUGUUGCAAUAGAUAUGCCAAUGAAUGUCACUUCUGUGAUUAUCUACCUAGCUAUCGUCCUGGCGGGCUAUGUUGUUGUAUCCAUUGCUGAUAGCUUUGCCCCUUGUGAAAUAUCAACGAGGCUCAAAAUAUCAAAUGCAAAAGCGAUAUUCACCCAGGAUUUCAUUGUCCGUGGUGACAAAAAUCUACCGUUAUAUGGAAGAGUUGUUGAUGCCCAUGCACCUUUGGCUAUUGUCAUCCCUGCUAGAGGCUCUACCUUCAGAGUGGAGUUGCGUGAUUCUGACAUAUCUUUCCAUGCUUUUCUAGAAAGAGUUGAUCAUUCCAAGGCUAAGGAUUAUACUGCAGUAGAACAACCUGUGGAAGCAUUCACGAAUAUCCUUUUCUCAUCUGGAACUACAGGGGAGCCUAAGGCAAUUCCAUGGACCCAUGCUACUCCUCUCAAGGCUGCCGCUGAUGCAUGGUCUCACAUGGAUAUUCGCAAAGGUGAUGUUGUUGCUUGGCCUACCAAUCUUGGCUGGAUGAUGGGCCCUUGGCUUGUUUAUGCGACUCUAUUGAAUGGGGCUUCCAUGGCUCUAUAUGAUGGAUCCCCCCUUGGUUCUGGAUUUGCAAAGUUUGUGCAGGAUGCUAAAGUAACCAUGCUUGGAGUUAUUCCAAGUCUAGUCCGUGCUUGGAAAAUCACAAACUGCACUGCUGGCUUUGAUUGGUCUUCCAUCCGAUGCUUUAGCUCUACUGGCGAGGCAUCUAGUGUCAAUGAAUACUUGUGGCUGAUGGGGAGGGCUCACUACAAGCCUGUGAUCGAGUAUUGUGGUGGUACUGAGAUUGGUGGUGGAUUUGUUUGUGGGUCACUAUUGCAGCCUCAAUCGUUGGCUGCAUUCAGUACACCAGCUAUGGGCUGCACCCUACUUAUCCUUGGUGAUGAUGGAAAUCCUCUUCCACAAACUGUACCUGGGAUUGGGGAGCUGGCCCUUGAUCCUACCAUGUUUGGAGCUUCGUCUACAUUAUUGAAUGCAAAUCACCACGAUGUCUACUUCAGUGGGAUGCCAGUUUGGAAUGGGAAGGUUCUUCGGAGGCAUGGGGACGAGUUCGAGCGCACUUCUGGAGGAUACUACAGGGCACAUGGCCGUGCAGAUGAUACUAUGAAUCUUGGGGGAAUUAAAGUGAGUUCUAUUGAGAUUGAACGCAUCUGCAAUGGAGUUGACGAUACUGUUCUUGAGACAGCUGCCAUUGGGGUCCCACCAGCAGGGGGUGGCCCCGAGCAACUAGUUAUCAUGGUGGUUUUCAAGGACCCAAAUUGUUCAGAAGCAGAUUUGGACCCACUGAAAAAGGUGUUCAAUUCCGCUAUUCAAAAGAAACUGAAUCCAUUAUUCAGGGUUUCAAAGGUUGUCAGUGUCCUGUCACUUCCAAGAACAGCUUCGAAUAAGGUCAUGAGAAGAGUCUUGCGACAACAAUUAGCUGAACAAAAGGAAGGUGCUAAGUUAUGAACUACUCAUUUGCUUCUUUCAAUAAGGACAUUUAAAUUCUCCCAUGCUCUUAUCUUGUAAAUGAAUCUAGAAUUGUCUUCUCAAAAUAUCUACUAAUGCGAUACAUAUAUUCUUCACA